AUGUCUGCCACACACUUUGAAGCCGCUUCAGAACGUGUGGAGGGCGCUGUUCAUGUCCUGCUCAUCGCUACCGGAAGUGUUGCAUCCGUCAAGGCACCAUUGAUUGUGUCUGAGCUUCUCAAGUAUGAGAACGUCCGAGUCGAGGUCAUUGCGACAGAUGCAUCGCUGACUUUCUUCGACCAGGAAGAGAUACUCGACGCUGGCUUGCGUGUUUGGACGGAUGAAGAUGAGUGGAAGGACGGAUACAAAAUCGGUGAUCCUAUUCUACAUAUCGAACUGAGAAGAUGGGCAGAUGUUGUCCUGAUUGCACCGUGUUCGGCCAAUACUCUUGCGAAGAUGGCAGGCGGACUCUGCGACAACCUCGCUACUUCUGUUCUUCGUGCAUUAGCACCGACUACUCCAACAUAUGUCUUUCCAGCUAUGAAUACAUUUAUGUACGAACAUCCGUUGACAUCGGAGCACAUUCGCGUCGUCAAAGAAGUACUCCGGUAUGAAGUAUUUGGACCUAUCGGGAAAAAUCUUGCAUGUGGAGACGUCGGUUUGGGAGCUAUGCUGGAAUGGAAAGACAUUGUUAACAUUGUUGUACGCCGGUUUCGCCUUAAGCAGAGAUAG